AAGAGGGAAAUGGGGACAGCUGGACGGCUGCCAGUGUUUCUCAGCAACAGUGGGAUCAGGACUUGGCUAUUCCCCUUGCGCUCCUCUGUUUUUGUUCGCCCCCCAGGACUCGCCCCUGUGUGCGUGUAUGUGUGUGUGUGUGUGCGUGUGCAACGGGAGAGAGGAGCAAGUGCUUCUCACAGGGGAGGCACGUAGACCUCAGAGCUGCAGCGUCACAGCAGAGGUGCAGAGGGAAGGGUUAAGAAAGGGGGAGAGAGAGAGAGAGAGAGAGAGAGAGAGAGAGGGAGUGAGAGAGAAAGAGAGAGAGAGAGGGAAUGAGAGAGAGAGAGGGAGAGAGAGAGGGAGUGAGAGAGAGAGAGAGAGAGGAAGAGAGAGACAGAGAGGGAGACAGAGCCGAACAGAAAUUUUGCAUCUUUGCAUUGAAGAGCCCAGUGGAAGGACUCGGAUAACUAGCGAAAGAGGAGCUGCCGAGGGUCGCAGCCACCUGUCAUAUGACGGCGCUGGACGGAGCUCAGACAGAACGGCCUGGAGCUACGAGGUGAAGGGGGAGGGGGCGCUGAGCAUGUGCCAGAUGUGCCGCCGCCUCACCGCCUGGCCGCCGAACUCCUCCAACAACUUUUCCUGCGAGCGCUCGCCCCCCCGCGCCGCUACCCUCCACCCCACCCCCCCGUCCACCUGCGGGGACUGACGGACGGGCGGAAAUGUUUCACCCCGCCUGUUUCUGCCGGACUGCGCCGUGCGGUGGAAGUCGCCGUGGAAACCGGGGAAGCCCUCAAUGAAAGCAGGUGGGGUAAAGCGAACCCCCUCCCAGACCCUGUCGGCGACUACCUUGAAAUUUUUCGCUGGUCAUCUCCGAAAAACUCCAUCACGCGGGAGCUAUGGAGCACCCUGGAUACAAGACGUGAUCGAGAACCGGUUGCUGUUUGCGGUCUGGCCGUGAGCUCGGCUUAAAGAUGAUGGACUGGAAGGAACUGGCAGCCCAGAAACUGAGCCUGUCCUCCAAGCGGAAGAAGUCCCACUCCCGCUCAGCUCCACCAACCAAUUUUAGCACCACCCUGCGGCGAGCUCCGCCCCCCAUGCCGCCAUGCCUCCUGCGGGCCAGGUCAAAGGUCAAGGACAAUCCUGGAAUGGGAAAGGUGAAGGUGAUGGUGCGGGUGUGUCCCUCCCACGUGUCCCACGACGGCCCCAAAUCCGCUUCCUUCCUGAAGGCGGACCCCCGAAAAAAGCAGCUGACCCUGUCCGAUCCGUUUCGCCUGGGUCCUGACCACGCCCGGUCCAGCGCCCCUAAAACCUUCACCUUCGAUACUGUCUUUACCCAGGAUGCCUCACAGGCUGAAGUUUGCGCCGGGACAGUGGCGGAGGUCCUCCAAUCGGUGGUGAACGGUGCAGACGGCUGCGUCUUCUGCUUCGGCCAUGUUGGUCUAGGUAAGACCUACACCAUGAUGGGCAGCGACGGCUCCACCCAAAGCUUGGGCGUGGUGCCCUGCGCCAUCUCCUGGCUCUACCGGCUGGUGGAGGAGCGUCAGGAGCGGACGGGCGCUCGCUUUUCGCUCGGCGUGUCGGCCGUGGAGAUCAGCGGCAGGGACGAGACGCUCCGGGACCUGCUGGGAGGGGUCAGCGGGGACGGUCCGCGGGACGGCCGGACCCCCGCCCUCUACCUGCACGAGGACCCGAUUUGCGGCUCUCAGCUGCGUAACCAGAGUGAGCUGGGGGCCCCCUCCCCUGAGCACGCUGCCUCUCUCCUGGAUGAGGCCCUGGCCGCGCGGAGCUCCAGCAGGGACAGUGAGGAGGAGGAGCGGCGUCACUCACACAUGCUCUUCACCCUGCAUCUGUACCAGCAGCACCUGGACCACAGCCAGGCAACACUGUCUGGGGGGAGGUGCCGCCUGCACUUCAUUGACCUGGGGAGCUGUGACCCAAUCACAAGUGAGGGCCACAACAGGGGUGGCGGCCACUGCCUGACUCUGCCCAUCCUGGGAAAUGUCAUCCUAGCCCUGACCAGUGGCGCCAAGCAUGUACCGUACAGGGACAGCAAGCUUACGAUGCUGCUGAGGGAGUCCCUGGGGAACAUCAACUGCAGAACCACCAUGAUCGCUCAUGUCUCCGACUCUGCAACCAAUUAUGCUGAGACGCUAAACACCAUCCAGCUGGCCUCCCACAUUCACCGUACGAGGAAGAAGAAAUCUAAGUGUUCAUCAAGCUCCUCUGGUGGGGACACUCUUUGGGAAAGUCAAAGUCAAGGGCUAUCAGACCUGAAGUUUUCCCAUCCUCAAGCUCUUAGCCUAUCACUGCCCAGCUUGCGCUAUGGUGACAGAGGCUGCUCUUCCAGCAGAGUGCAGCCUAGAGAUACAGUUGUCUAUGUGGGACUGGGAGGAACAGCUGUCUGUGAGCGUGAGUUGUGUGUCACUGAGGCCCCGCCUACCUCUGUGCCCAUCAUCCCCUCACUGAACAGGAAGCGAGUGCAAGAGGGCCACCCUGGAGAUGGGGAUCACAUAAAGUGCAACACCUUUGCAGAGCUACAGGAGUGGCUGGAUUGUGUGGGGGAUAACGAAGGAGGCAGGGGGUGUCCAUUGGCUCCUGGGACAGGACGUGGGGUGGCCAAACUAACGGAGCGGUCCCAGUUUCCCUCCAGAAAUCCCACGCUCUCUUACAAGCUUAGUAAUUCUCACGAAUGCCUUUCCAGCUGCAUGUCACCCUCCCACUUGGCCAGCAGCGCCUCCUCAGAGUCUGAGAAGGGCCAUUAUAAGUGGCCAGAACAAACCCCAGAUAGUUUUGGUGGGAUGGGUGUGGACCGGCAGAAGGCCUUUUACUCUGGUGCAUUUAAUAAGAGUGCGUCUCUGAACAGAAGACAUCAAUCAAAACCUGCACAUCCCAUUACAGAGCAGGUUAUGUCACAGAGGCUCCCGCUGUUGACAGAGGACAUCUCGACCUGCAGGGCACCUCCAGUGGGAAUGAGCCAGAAAGCAGAGCCCAGGAGGUCCCCUAUCCCAGGAACCCGUAGCCCCAGCGAGGCCCCCUCGGAGAUGAGACCCUUGCGCUCAACCCCAAGAGGCAGGUCCUUCGACCGGGAUGCCCUGAUGACCACCGUCACCCUGCGGCGGCCUGUGGAGCUAAACGGGGAGGACGAGUUGGUGUUCACCCGGGUGGAGGAGCUGUCUAUUGGAGGGCUUGUGGAGAACUCCAUGCCAUCAGGCAUGACUCGCUUCCAUGGUGACCACCGCUCUUCUCAGACUCUGCCUGCUGGGUUCCACCGGGUUGCCAUUGUCAGCAGCAUCAACGACGAGUUUGAUGCCUACACAUCUCAGGUGGACGUGUCAGGACUGAGAAAGGGGAAGGUACACACAAAGGGUAUUGGUCCAGAGAGCACCCUCUGUGCAGAUUUCCCUGGAAUGCCCCGUGAGGAAUCUUCCUUCAAAAAGGAUACCAGAACUUUGACAACUGAUGGCACCACUGCUGCCUCCAGCAAAUUUCUCCCUAGCAAGUACUUGCCUACCCUUGAGUCCACAAAAACACCUUCCAGGGAUUAUAAAACAAGAGUCAAUGCUGUCGGUACCUUUCCACACCCACAUGUUUACUCGACUCUUCCAAGGAAUAUCAAACCUACCUCGCCUAUAGCACAAAGUAACAUCAACUAUGAACAGCAGAAGCUGAAGGGAAAGCUGGAUGACCCUUGGUUGCACUUUGACAGACACUUCGAUCCUAGAGCUGCUGAGAUGGAUUCCCCCAGCAGGCAUUCAAGAAACAGCACCAAAAGGCCUGUUGGAAAUAGCAACAGUGUACCCCGACCACCAAAGCAACAGGGACAUUGUUCACCCAAAAGGGUAGUGGACGGAUGCGAGAGGUCCAACAACAGCAAAGGUGAGGCUUCCCACAGGGUUCCAAUGCUCAGACGAGAGGCGACCACACUUGGCAUAAUGCCUGUUAUUCACAGUUCCUCAUUCAUUAAACCAAAUGAAGACAGUAUAUUGGCAACUGGCAGCCUGAAGUUUUUGUCCUUAAGAAAAAAGACCAGUGGACUAAAUGGCGCAUCUUCCAAGCCUCAGUGCAGCUCACCUCCCAUCCAACCUGUCCAAAGAUACAACCUAGAUCCGAAGUCCAGGAACAAUUUGUCCUCAAGGUCUACUGAAUCCAAGUUAUCCGUAUUGGAAGUGGAGUUUGACAUGCGAUUCAAAGGUUACUCAAGUGGCCACAAAACUUCUAGCCUUAAGGCUGACUACACCUCAGCCAAACCAAAAUCGAGUCAGAAGGCCCGAAAGCAGAAAGGCAGUACUGGACAUAGUCAUGGAAGUCUUACGUCCUUGGAAAGGUGUGACAGCCUGACAUCGAUGGGCUCCAAACUGGGGCUUUCCAGAGAGAACAGUGAUGCCAGCUUGGGUAGCAGGGGCAGGUCUGGCAGGUCGGGGGCUCAGCAGGGAUCUCCAGGCUCUGCUUCUACUUCCCCACCUCCUUCUGCCCCACCCAGAACCUCUGGCAAGCUAGAGCACAUGCAAGGAAGCACAGUCACCGCAGCUGUGGCUAUGAAUGGAAACCAGGCCCACAGCAUGUUUUCCGGGAACUCUCAGCCACAGUGUUCCACUAGCAUAUGCAGUGUCGCUCCAUUCACUUGGAAUGUAAACCUACCUCCGAAUGGCAAGAGCACACCUUUUUCUGCACCAGAGGGCAAUGGCAAAUUGGGGAGAGACGCCGCCAUGAGUACUAAGCAAGUCAUCCGUGCCGCCAACAGCAGGGUCAGCGAGCUGGCGUCCGGGAGCUCUGUCAGGCACCUCGGGGGCUCCGGGGACACGGAGAGAGGAAGAAACCUCGGCGACAGUGACCACCUCACCACAGUGCCGCCGUCGCCUUACAGCAAGAUGACGGCCCCGAGAAUGCCGUCGCGCUACAGCAGCGGGCACUGCAGCGACAACAGCAGCGUGCUGAGCGGGGAGCUGCCCCCGGCCAUGGGCCGCACCGCCAUCUUCUACCACAGCGGGGGCAGCAGCGGCUACGAGAGCAUGAUCCGCGACAGCGAGGCCACGGGCAGCACCUCGUCCGCCCAUGAUUCCCUGAGCGAGAGCGGCGCCUCCUCCUUGGGCCGAAUCCGAACGCCCAGGUCCCCCAAGAAGCGCUCAAAUGGCUACCAGCGGAGACGCCUGAUCCCGGCCCCCCUGCCGGACGCCCCGCCCUCGGGGAGGAAGGCCGGCGCCGCGGGCCAGCGGGUGGACCUGCUGCCCCUGCCCGGCCCGCUGAAGGAGCCCUUCGAGAUCAAGGUGUACGAGAUCGAUGGCGCGGCCCACCUGCAGCGGCAGUGCCCGGGCGGCGCGGCGGAGGGCUUGCUGUACUUCAAUGCCAGGCUCAAGAUGCUGGAGAGGCGGCAGCAGCAGAUCCGGGACCUGCGGGUCAAGCACGAGAAGCUAAAGGGGGAACUGGAGGACGUCAAAAACAAGCUGAUGCUGGACCCUCAAAAAUGGAUAGGAGAGUUUGAGGUUGAACCAGACCUGGACAAGGAGUCGCAGGAGUACCUGGAGGCCCUGGCGCAGGUGACCGGUGAGCUGGAGUACUGCGUCAACCUGUGCAAGUCGCGCGUGAUGAUGGAGACCUGCUUCGACGUCGAGGCGACGUCCCUGCCGCACGGCGGACCCCGGGAGCUGCGGGUGUGAGCUCGGACCCGGGGGAACUGAACUGGCCUAAACUGGCCCAAACUGGGCCGAACACUGGCCGAACUCUGAGCGAUCGCCAGAGAAGCCGUGACGAGCUGCCGCAGCGCUGAUGACAAGCAUGCGUCUCAUUGCCAGGCUGCCGCAUCCAUGCAUUAUGGCCUGCGGCGCAGUUAGCGCCAUCCCGCGGAAGACAAACCAAGGCCUGGAUUCAGUUUAACUGCAACGUAUCUUACGCUCACCUCUGAAUAGCUGCAUUUCCAUUAUAGUGAAUUUCUAUUACUUUAUUUGCCUUUCUUUGCAACAGAAAUGUAAGGGCGACUUUUUAAAAACCCUAACUUAGUCAUAAGAUGUAAAAUGACUGUUCCUAAAUGUGCAUUAAAUGCUAAAGGGAAUGGACACUAAGCUAGUAAUUGAUUGAGUCAUCACUGACUACAUCGAUGUGGCUUAAACAAAUCACAUGAAACCACUUUUCCUGACAAAAAAAACAAUGGAAACAGGUUUCUUUUGCAUGCAAGUGAAGGCGACUGUUUGUAUAGUGCCCCAUUUUCUCUGUGACUUCCCAAAGGAUAUGUAGCUACAGUACAAACUCAUUUGGGGGUUUCUGUCCUCAUUAAAUUAUUAUGCAUUUGGUGGUGUUGUGCAAGUAUUUAAAGAAAGUGUCUCCGGGCAAAUAUUUAUAAUGGUUAAAUUGAAUCCUGGGUCAAGAUUUCUGGAAGUGCCUUUUCUGAUUGUUUUCAUGUGAAUAUUAUUUUCUAUGGUGCUAGUAUUAACUGCAGCAUACCGAAGACAAAUCCUCAACAUAUUCCUUUAAGGGAAAAAAAAACUUUUAUAUUGUGUUCUAUAGUGCAUUUAUAUGAUUUUACUUCAUGUACAAAUGUAAUUUUAGCUAAGAAAUAAAAGCUGACAAAAGAAAAGCAA